AUGUGGAGCUGGAGUGUGCACACAGAGGCAGAACACUUUGCAGAGAGGUCAGCCCCCCUGGAGCUGGAGAGAUUUGAGUGCAGGGCCCUGGAGCACAAGGCCACUGAGCUUAAAGAGGAGCUGAAGGGCCUGUCCAACCUCAAGGCUGACAACCAGUGCCUCAAGGACAAAAAUGCAGCCCUGAUCCGAGUCAUCAGCAAACUGUCCAAGUGA